AUGGGCAUCCCAUCGAACGCAGAAAUCAAAGAGCUCCUGGAGUCGCAAUUUCACUCUCGUCUUCAGAAAGCGGAUCUCCACAGCGAUUCCGAGACGCUCUUCCAGUUCGGACACCUGGACGAACUCUUUGCCGAAGAUGUCGAGGUCCACAUUUCUGGUCACGAAUUCCAUCUGAACGGGAAGCACCGGGGCCUGGAUGCCUUCAAAGGCCACCUGGAAUCCGAUGACAUGCCAUCCUUGAGCAGCAUCAUUGAUGUGACUAAGCCAAUUAAGGGUGCUGUCCUCCACGUCAUCGGUGGUGAGAACGACGAAUGGAAAGCUGCCGUCCUCCACAGCACCGCAACAACUCGCAACAGUGAGAAGCUUUCCUUGCUCCAUUGGAUGUAG